ACACACACACACACACACACACGCACACACAGUCGACUGUAAAGUAAAAAGUUGUAGCAGCAAAGUUCGAAUUGAAGCCGUAGCCAUGGCCAAGGAGGAGCCCAUUAUGGAUGGGCCCAAGCGCAUGCAGAACGAACUGAAGCUAAUGAUGGAGUACAAGGAUCUCAGUCAGCUGAAGUUCGUCGAGGCCGAGAAGGAUAAUAUAUACAAAUGGACAGCGCUGCUAAUGCCCAAAGAUCCGCCCUAUGACAAGGGCGCGUUUAAUCUGGAAAUAGAUUUUCCCAAGGAUUAUCCCUUCAUGCCGCCCGUGCUGCAUUUGAAUACCAAAAUCUAUCAUCCCAAUGUGAAUGAGCGCGGCCAGCUCUGUCUGCCCAUACUGGAGCUGGAGCACUGGAAGCCCACCACGCGCAUCGAUAACGUGCUCCAGUGCUUCGUGGCCACCAUCAACGAUCCGCAGCCCGAGAACGCGUACAUCGAGGAGAUUGCCGGCCAGUUCGUCAACGACUACCAGAAGUUCUUCAAGACCGCCGAGAGCUGGGUGGCGCGCUAUAGCGCGCAUCGUCCCUCGGAUCAGGAGCUGGCGGCCAUUGCGCGCCGCAAGAAGCGCGCGGCAAUGAAAUAAAUAUAAAAGUUGAAUAAAACACUGAGCACUGAGCACUGAAGCACUUUAAGUGCCAGUGACAUAUGAAUGCCUAAUUGGGCCCCAAGACUGCUGCUGCCAGAUAAAUCAUUUGUGGCCACCAGCUGAGCGCGCUCAGCGGGCACAACAAGCGAGCAUUAGAGCCCACAUCAUCGUCCUCAUCAUCCUCAUCCUCAUCCUCAUCAUCAUCAUCGUCGUAGUCAUUGUCAGUGUCAGCGUCAGACUACAGUUAGUUAGUUUUAGCUGCUGUUUUUAUAGUUUUGCGCCUUUGCACACAUACACAUGUAUUUCUGUCUGUGUGUGUGUGUGUGAGCUUUUAUCUGUUCCCCGCCCAAGUUGCUGCAGCUAAAAUCUCAGUGUGUUUUAUGUGACCGACGCUGCCUUCAACUUGAGCUUGUCAACGACAUGUCCUGGCCAGGCCAGCAUAAUUACACUAAAGGCCAAGCACAUGCAAGCCCAGAGGCGUAGGCAGCAAGAGCCAAAGGGGGAGCACCAAAUACAAGCUGCGCGCUAAUAAAUUUUUAAAGCAAAUAGCAUUAAAAAAGUAAUUAAAUUA